CGUCCGGAAACGCGUCGGAAGUUGUCGAACACGCCCCGGAUACGAUCGAAUACGUCGAAAUAUAUCUCAAAGACAGUUAUACCCUCUGUAUAUCUCCCGUAUCUUCUUAGGAAAGUUCUCAUCAGAAAACCAUAAUACAUACAAGGAGGUUGCCUAGUUUCGCACCGGAAAAACAAAGAACGACAAAGAUGGUGAUUCUGAUAGUGGCGACGACGGCCGAUCCGGCCUCCGUCAACCCCGCCAAUGCUCUCCUCUCCAAGCCCGGCUGGGCCCCCACCUCUUCUCUGCAGGACAUGAACGCCUUCGCUAACGGCUCCGUUAGGGUUCUGCUGCACAACCGGAGCAUAAUCGAAGAGGACUACCUCGACACUCGCUGGAAAGAAGCCACCGGCGAACACGUCGACGAGCUCAUCUUCCUGAGCAAGCACAAAGCCGCCUCCAGCCGCCCUGCUCUGACUGUUCAUCCGAUCGGCGUCCCGCAUUUGCAAGACGGCGACGUUUUGCCGCAGGGCGGGAAGCCUGGCUGGGCCGCGCCGCCGAAUCCGAGGAUUGGACCGUGGCUGAGGUUGUUGGGGAGGAUUGCUCAGGAUCAUGGCUUGGUUCCUGAGUUUGAGAUAACUUUGGAGGCUACGCAUCAUGGACCGAUCACUGAUACGCCUACGAUGUUUCUGGAGAUUGGUAGUACAGAUGAUUGCUGGAAGAGGCAGGAUGCUGCUGAAGUUAUGGCUCUAUUAGUUUGGGAAGGACUUGGACUUAAUGGGGGAGCUGCUGUUGGAAACUGGAAUGGGGAAAACAAUAAUAAAAGAGUUCUUCUUGGGAUAGGUGGUGGACAUUAUGCACCCCGUCAUAUGGAUAUAGCUUUGAAAGAUAAUGUCUGGGUGGGCCAUCUGAUUUCGGGUUACUCACUACCAAUGGAAGAUCCAAGCAAGUCCAAGACAGAAACAAAAACAAAAGAUAUUGGUGGAACUUGGAAACAAGCAAUCAAAGUAGCCUAUGAGGCGACACAAUUGGCUUUCCCUGGUGGAGAAGUUCUAGCUCAUCUUGAUCACAAAAGCUUCAAAAGCUGGCAAAAGAAUGCUAUAACGAGUUUCUUAGAGGACCAGAACAUUACAAUCAGCAAACGUGAUUUCUUCUGAAUUAAUGGCGUGAGCUCGUGGCAUUGCAUAUACUGAGAUUUUGCCAAGAACAAACUCAGUAUGUCCCUGAGAUUUUAGUUGCCAGAAUUAACUUAUAGUGAUACAACUAAGUGUAUUUGGUUGCAUUCACAGAUUCACUGAGCUAUAUACGUUAUGGUCAAGUUGAGUUUAACUUUGUAAAGUAUCACACCAUCACAUUGGAGACUAGUGAGUUGUAAUUUGUAAACUGUUUUUUCGAUUACUAGCGAGUUGUGAACUUGUGACCAAAGGGUGCUUCUAGUUGCACCUAUUAAUUUACUAUGUUUACCUCAUGUAAUUUUUGUAAAAAUGUUUUCUCUGUUUUACCCUCCCAACAUUAUUAUUCCCAUAAAACGGUAAUUUUCAAUUUUUCACUUUA